UUCAUUCAUUUGAAAGAGAUAAUGAUUUAUUAAAUGAAGCUUUAUCCAAAAGAAUGUAUCAAGAGAUGUUUUUGACACCAUUAAUCACUAAUCUAUUUCAAAAAAAGUUUAAGAACAUGGAAAUCUACUUGCAAGUAAAUGAAGAGAAAAAUUUGUUCGCCUCUGCAGAAGACUUUGAUCUAAAAAAAAAUGAUAAAGAAAAUCGCAGCAAUGGUCAUAAAAUUGAUAUUGUCUGGGCUACUAAGCCCCUAAAAAUAGAAUUUGCCAUUGCAGAAAUAAGCGGACCUCCAAAUGAAUACCAACAUUCUUAUUAUUUUAGUGACAAAAUCAAAAUAGCCAAGAUGUUAAAAAUUAUGUUGAAUAGAAUAGUGCGAGUAUAUGGUGGCGCAAAAUGA